AAACCACAAACAAAAAGCAUAAUUAAAUCGGGGAAAAAAGAAAAACAAAAGCCACUGUGAUUCCUGCAGAACUAUUUGGCUCAAUCUUCUUUCAAUAUUUGUUUGAUUCAGCUCUCCAUAGGAGCUGCCUAUUCAUAAUAGGAGAUUGGGUAUUCGUUUUGCAGAGAAAAAUAAAAUAAAAUAAAAUAAAGAAGACAAUAAUUAUUGAUGGCGAUGGCCGUAAGAGCGCCGAUAGCAGGGAUAAGCAUGACUUCCUCUACGGUUAGCUCCGCCUCUCCGUCGUGCAAUCGAGGGGUCAUUGUACCGUUCAGGCAAUCCUUUUUCGGCCGAGGAGUGGGUACUCCGAUAUAUACAACUGUACGGGUUUCUUACUCCAGUAGAUCCCGAUGUAACAGCCUUGGAGGGGGUGGACUUGGUACUCAGAUGAAUCUUUUUGAUCGCUUUGCUAGAGUUGUUAAGUCAUAUGCAAAUGCUGUAAUAAGCUCCUUUGAGGACCCUGAGAAAAUACUAGAACAAACUGUUAUAGAGAUGAAUGACGAUUUGAUCAAGUUGCGUCAAGCUACAGCACAAGUCCUGGCUUCUCAGAAACAGAUGGAAAACAGAUAUAAAGCUGCACAAAAAGCUUCUGAAGAUUGGUAUGGUAGAGCGCAACUUGCUCUAAGUAAGGGUGAUGAGGACCUUGCUCGUGAAGCUCUCAAGCGUAGAAAAUCUUACGCUGAUAAUGCAAAUUCUUUAAAGGCUCAGCUUGAUCAGCAGAAAAGUGUAGUUGAGAACCUCGUCUCCAAUACAAGGCUGCUGGAAAGCAAGAUACAAGAGGCCAAGUCAAAAAAAGAAACUCUCAAAGCACGAGCUCAAUCGGCCAAAACUGCAACGAAAGUGAGUGAGAUGUUGGGGAAUGUAAAUACGAGUAAUGCUCUUUCUGCAUUUGAGAAGAUGGAAGAAAAAGUUAUUGCAAUGGAGUCUCAAGCAGAAGCUCUUAAUCAACUAACCAGCGACGAGCUUGAAGGAAAGUUUGCGUUGCUUGAAACCUCAUCAGUCGAUGAUGACCUUGCGGACUUGAAGAAAGAGCUCUCCGGAAGCACCAAGAAGGGAGAGCUUCCACCGGGGAGACCGGUUGCAGCAGCAUUGAAGUUUCAAGACCCUGAUAUCGAGAAGGAGUUGAAUGAAUUGAGGCAACAGACCAAGGAAUACUAGUUGGAGGUAUGAAGCCUUAGAUUGUUAAGCUCUGCUGAAACUUGAAUUCUUGAGCUGCAGACUAGCAAAAAUAGGAAUAUCUGUACAUUAUGUCUUUGAAGCAUUUUUUCAGCUCUUCAAGUUAUCCUAAGUUAUUUUAGGCAUCUUUAACUGCUGUAAUUUCUUGUGAUAAUGGAAUAAUUACGUAAUUGUUUACGAA